GUGGCUUUUGACCUCGUCUUUUCCGACACCGUCCACAAAAGAGACCGAGAAUCAACCUGGAAGCAUCGCCAAAUGCCACAUUGGGAACCGAUUGACCAGGAACGCUAAUGUAGGCACAGCCACCAUGCGGGGCAAUCCUUUCCAGCAACUAUCUCGAGCCCCCACAAUACCAUAUGUACAUUCAUUCAGUGAUCUUCGGGAACGGCCACAUGGAGAUAUUGACUGGCUCGUCCUCUCAUAGGCACAAGCCCAAACUGGCAUGAGGACACGUGAGGAACCAGACAGCCCUGCUUUGCGGGAAUAGCAGGCGCAUCGCGAUAUGACGCUGCGAUGCUGUAUUGUGCUACCACACCGAGACAGCGGCACACACGAUCCUGUUCCCCCGCCCUGUCUGCUGCCGACUUCCUCUUCUGAUUCACCGAUGUCCUUAAAGGAGUCAAGUCCGACAUUUCGACCAUGAGGCUUUGUCAACACCACCUGCAUAACAAGCGCACACGUUUCCCCGGAUGGCGCUAUCAUCUUGCGUCUUCUUUUUAUUCUAUCUCCUGCCAUUUCAGCCGCUCUUGAUCUGCCUUGAUGUUUCGCUUCUCUUAGACGAGCUUAUUUUUCCGGCACUGCAAGGACAUGCCCGCGCUUCCGCCACUUUCACACACCUAUGACCUUGUUGCCCGCAAUAGCACCGCUGACGUUGUGCUGCCAGCACUUGCAGCUGCAGUAAACACCCCCGCCAAGGUGGUGUGUUCAUGGCCCGUCUCUGGUCAAUAUGGACCUGGCAGUAGAGUCUUAUACUAUGUUCUUGUUGCAGCUUGUGUGCUUGCUAGGAAGACGGAAUGGCUUCGAAAUGCUUGCUUGGCCGCAGCCUUGAUCUUCCCCGCCGUUGCUGCAGUCCACGGAGUAGCUUUGGCGGCAUUGCAUGUUCCCAACGCCGUUGAUAUGGACAUAUAUGGCGCUUUCCAGUUCUGUUCUAUUGGCAUUCUAACAGCCCCCAUCACGGUUAGACUGUCAACUACAUAUUUCAACAACCCUGGUCGGAAUACCAUAUUCCUUUGGGCAGGCAUCAUCCUCGUUGGCCUGUUGGCUUUGACUGUUGAGUUCUUCCGGACCGAGGCGGUGCCGUGUGAUACCGACGAGUCACUUUUUAUUUACGGCGAAAGUUUAUGCGGUUUGGUAUGCUCUAUUGAAGACGGGCCCUUCUCACCGAUGCGACAAGGUUCGGCAGACGAGAUAUAUGUUAUUCCCGAGCCUUUCAUCAUGACGUUUGGCACCGCCACGCUAUUCUGCGCCGCCUGUUGCAUUCCUGCCAUCCUUUCGAUGGUGUCGAUGUGGGACAAGAUACUUAAAGUGAACUGGCAAGAGCGGUUUGGAGAGACAUAUCUGGAUCAGCCAGAAACGGGAACCAACGGCGCUACCCCUGAGAGGAUGAAUAAGGUCAACAAUAUCAUCAGGGGGUUUCUAAGCGUCGUGGAAAUUCCGGUGUUCGGAGCAGCUGUCAUUGCAAUUCUUGUCGUGGGGGAGUUGAAUUUCUGGAGCGGCCCAGUCAAUUGGCAAACAGAACCCAUGGCCAACGUUGGUCAAUGGGCGCCGAUUGUGGCAUCAGCCUUUGCUGCCUGUGGUUCGCUUUAUAUGCUACUGGCAGAAGACAUGGUUGCUGCAGCGAACCCUACCUCAGCUCACUGCAACUGCUCGCACCAUCAUGACGAGUUUGAUGCACAAACCGGACUUGGCAUCAGCCAUUCGGGACCCAGGCGUAUCAGCGAAGACAAAUCGGACGGACCCCGUCGUCCCGAUGCGGGCCGGAGCAAGAUAGCAAAAGGACUGAGCGCCAUCGGUCACCUACUCGGCACCGCGGAUCUCAAGAGCUUCGACGAUUCGGAGUUCCAGGAUGUUGCGGCGAGCAAAUAUCCGACUACGCCAGGAGAAGAAAUUCGGAACCGGAAUCUGAGGCACCUUGAGGAUAGAUACAACGUGACUCGUCCAGAAGACGAUGAGCGCGGACGUCGACGCUCAAGAGCAAACAGUUUCACAGGGAGCGUCACGGGUUUCACAAAGCCCAGCCCGCCAUCGUCAUCGAGGGCUCUGUCGCCAAACCCUGUAUCGUUGCAGAUUUCGCCAGGAGGCCCGUCUAGGCCGGAUCUCAACAACGGAACCUCCUACAGAGCUUCUCACGACUCCAGCCCUCGCCACAACGACGAUGCCGACACGACGUCACAAUCAGCGAAGCCUGGAUCGUCCCUCACUAUUCAACCAAGCGGUUUCAACUCACCGUCGAUUGUCGUCUCUGCGGAAAAUGAGCCUGUGGGAAUCUUGCCACCGCCUCCUGUACACAAACCUCCAUCAUAGAUUGUGGCUAGAGAUUCAACACGGCCAACAAGCAGUGGAAUGAAAUUAUGAGAUCAUGUAGAACUUUUUGGCUUUACACAGUACACGGCGUGGCUUAGAGGAAUACCAAGUGAUAGUCUGGCGUUUUGG